AUGAAACGCUCACCCUAUUCCCAAUGCAAUACAUUUGAUAGCAUUAAACUAGAGAUUAAAACAACUACGCAAGGUUACUCAAAACUCAUAUGGGAGAAUAUAACUCUCGGCAUAAUGAAAACAUACAAAUAUGUAUACAUUGAUAUUUGCCAAAACACUCAUUCCAGUGAUACUAAUGAAGAUCCGAUGCGGGUCGAGAAAGCAUAUUUCCUCAUUUCUGACUCAUCUGGGGCUUUAGAUACUUCUGUCUCACUGAAUGCUGGUCUCCAACCCCGACUGCGACUGUACACAUCACUUUUUAAUUAUGUUUUGAAACGUCUAGACUUUUGGUAUGGACCAGAGUUUGAUGGAGCUAACAGAGUGAUUCCCAUCAGAAUAAAGGGGGUUGACGCUAGUCUGCAGCUCUACGCUGAAUACGGAAAAGCCUGCGCUCGACUCUACAUCAAGAAAACCUUUAGCAACUGGAAGGAUGUUCUUAAAAACUCAUGGGUGGGGUUCUACAAAAGUUCACAACAUGAAAAUAAUGACUAUUACACAUUUCAGUAUGCUGUGAACUUUGCAUUGAUCGACAACACUACCACAGAGGAUUAUGAUAUUUACCAGUACGAUGCCAGUUUGACUAUUGCUCCUGGAGUUCAAAUCCGUUUCCUACUGGACAACGAAUAUGACAAAGUUUUAGCACAAACAACGCCCUGGGAAAGGUACUAUGAUGCUAACAAUGUCAUCCCUAUUAAAAUACGGUGGUAUGAUGCUGGUCUGCAGCUCUACACUGAAGACGGUAAAGCUUGUGCUCGACUUUAUAUCAAGAAAACCUUCACAGACUGGAAAAAUAUCUUCUGGAAGUCAUGGAUGGAAGGUGGAACCGAGAAUUUUGAUAUUUAUCAGUAUAAAUCCAAAUUAACCAUUGCACCUGGAGUUCAGAUCCGUUUCAUGAUAGACAAAGGUUAUGAGAAUAAAUUAGUGCAAACUGAGCCCUGGAAGAGUGGUUAA